AUGAUUGGCCGCCGGGCUACAGGAAGAUAUGAUUCUCCCCCUAGUGACGGCCUGUCCCCGUGUGACAGGGAGGGGGAGUAUAUAGAGGAACACAGGGGUCUGUACAAGGAUGUGAUGAUGGAGAAUCACCGGCCCCUCACAUCACUGGAUGGACCCAGUAACAGAGAUACCCCAGAGAGAUGUCCCCGUCCUCUGUAUUCCCAGGAUUGUACAGAGGAGAAUCACAGGAUCCCACAGGAGGAUCAGAGUGAAGGCCAUAUUUACAUUAAAGCAGAAGAUAUAGAGGGAGAAGAAGAAAUGUAUGUGACUGAUAUGGAGGCAGAAGAUAUAGAGGGAGAAGAAGAGACGUAUGUGACUGAAAUAAAGGCAGAAGAUAUAGAGGGAGAAGAAGAAACGUAUGUGACUGAUAUAAAGGCAGAAGAUACAGAGGGAGAAGAAGAGACGUAUGUGACUGAUAUAAAGGCAGAAGAUAUAGAGGGAGAAGAAGAAAUGUAUGUGACUGAUAUGGAGGCAGAAGAUAUAGAGGGAGAAGAAGAGACGUAUAUGACUGAUAUAAAGGCAGAAGAUAUAGAGGGAGAAGAAGAGACGUAUGUGACUGAUAUAAAGGCAGAAGAUACAGAGGGAGAAGAAGAAAUGUAUGUGACUGAUAUGGAGGCAGAAGAUAUAGAGGGAGAAGAAGAGACGUAUGUGACUGAUAUAAAGGCAGAAGAUAUAGAGGGAGAAGAAGAGACGUAUGUGACUGAUAUAAAGGCAGAAGAUAUAGAGGGAGAAGAAGAGACGUAUGUGACUGAUAUAAAGGCAGAAGAUAUAGAGGGAGAAGAAGAGACGUAUGUGACUGAUAUAAAGGCAGAAGAUAUAGAGGGAGAAGAAGAGACGUAUGUGACUGAUAUGAAGGCAGAAGAUCAAGAGGGAGAAGAAGAGACGUAUGUGACUGAUAUGAAGGCAGAAGAUAUAGAGGGAGAAGAAGAGACGUAUGUGACUGAUAUAAAGGCCGAAGAUAUAGAAGGAGAAGAAGAGACGUAUGUGACUGAUAUAAAGGCCGAAGAUAUAGAGGGAGAAGAAGAGACGUAUGUGACUGAUAUAAAGGCAGAAGAUAUAGAGGGAGAAGAAGAGAUGUGUGUAACUGAUAUAAAGGCAGAAGAUACAGAGGGAGAAGAAGAGACGUAUGUGAGGGGUGAUCAGCAGUGUAAGGAGGAGGACUUCCCUACAGAUAUCAGCACAGAUGGACACAAAAGCAUUACUACCUUCAAGGGACAUCUCGUUUGUUCUACAGACUUUAAAAUAGAAGAUGACAUCACACAAGAGUCUCCCGGAGAAAGUCUCAAUACCUUAAACACACAUCCAGCAUCUCACAGUGCGGCUAUGUUUUCCGACAGGGAAUUCUCUCCUGGUAACUCCGAUACUGAACAUAGUGCAGCUACUAUCGGUAAUACAGACCUUCCUUGUUCUGAGUGUGGGAAAUGUUUUACACAUAAACUAGCUCUUGUUAGACACGAGAGAAGUCACACAGGUGAAAAACUAUUCCCAUGCUCUGAGUGUGGGAAAUGUUUUACACAGAAAUCAGUUCUUGUUGCACAUCAAAGAUCUCACACAGGUGAGAAACCAUUUCCAUGUUCUGAGUGUGGGAAAUGUUUUACACAGAAAUCAUCUCUUGUUAGACAUGAGAAAAGUCACACAGGUGAGAACCCUUUUCCGUGUUCUGAGUGUGGGAAAUGUUUUACGCAUAAACUAGCUCUUGUUAGUCAUGAGAGAAGUCACACAGGUGAGAAGCCAUUUUCAUGUUCUGAAUGUGGGAAAUGUUUUACACAUAAACUCUCUCUUGUAAGUCACAAGAGAAGUCACACAGGAGAAACACCAUUUCUGUGUUCUGAUUGUGGGAAAUGUUUUACACUGAAAUCACAUCUUGUUACACAUCAGAGAACUCACACAGGUGAGAAACCAUUUCCAUGCUCUGAAUGCGGGAAAUGUUUUACUCGCAAAUCACAUCUUGUAAGACAUCAGAGAACCCACACUGGUGAGAAGCCGUUCCCAUGCUCUGGAUGUGAGAAAUGGUUUACACAGGAAGCAGCCCUUGUUGAACAUCAGCGAACUCACACAGGUGAGAAACCAUAUACAUGUUCUGAGUGUGGGAAAUGUUUUACCCAGAAAUCUGUUCUUGUUAGACAUCAGAUAACUCACACAGGUGAGAAGCCAUUUCCAUGUUCUGAGUGUGGGAAAUGUUUUACACACAAACUAGGCCUUCUUGUCCACCAGAGAACUCACACAGGUGAGAAACCAUAUCAGUGUUCGUCUUGUGGGAAAUAUUUUACACACAAAUCUCGUCUUAUUUCACAUUGUAGAAUUCAUACAGGUGUGAAGCCAUUUUCAUGUUCUGACUGUGGGAAAUGUGUUACACAAAAAUCAGCUCUUGUUAGACAUGAGAGAAGUCACACAAGUGAGAAACCAUUUCCAUGCUCUGAGUGUGGGAAAUGUUUUACAAAUAAAUCCGGUCUCUACGAACAUCAGAGAACUCACACGGGUGAGAAACCAUUUUCGUGUUCUAGGUGUGGGAAAUGUUUUACACAUAAAUUGGGUCUUGUUGUACAUGAGAGAACUCACACAGGCGAGAAGCCGUAUCCAUGUUCUGAGUGUGGGAAAUGUUUUACACAGAAAUGUGCUCUUGUUACACAUCAGAGAUGUCACAUAAGAGAAAAGCCAUUAUCUGACCUGUAACCUAUCCCUGAUUGCACAAGAAGACAGCUGCUAUCUGUCCAGGAAGGCUGAACAGCAGGAACCUUAGGGCUAGUUGUAAAUGGACAGGCAUACCCUGCUGGAUUGAUGUAAAUAACGUCUUGUUGUCGACCGCAAGCCAAUUUCUUUUUACCGACGAUGUAAGUGACGUUGUGGUUUUCAGAUUUUCCUUUUUAUUGUUUUCAUAGAAUCUGUUUGCAUAACUAAUACUCUGUAUGUCUAAUUGUUUAAAUCUUUCUGUGCUGUAAACAUUGUAAAUAUUUUUUUUCAGAAGAAAUCUUUAAUUUA